CUCUCCUCUUCUAUCAACUUUCAUAUACCCUCUUCACAUGGCUAAUCCAGCAUCAACUUCGUCACCUUUUUCCAUAACUUUACCCCAUACAUUACAAGAGGACGAUGUUGUUCUGGACCGCCUUUCCUCUGCCAGCCAGUCAAAGAUUUACCCAUCUAAAUGCUCGAGAACAGAAAUACCCUUGAGAAGAAUCUUACUGGUGACCAGACUGUGGAAUGAAGUUCGACAUUAUCAAACGAUUAGGUCAUCUUUUGCCUCACAGCAACGUUAUGAUAUGGACUUUGGUCAUGGAGAAUGGAAUCCACCACAACCACAGCAACAAGCACAGCAAUCCAAAUCUGCUGAAGUGCCAGUUGUGCUAGAUGAUGAAUUUGCUCUCUCCCUGUUACCAACAGACCUCGUGGAAGUUGAUAUGGGUCAUGUGGUUGACUGGGAUGAAGAAAUUGAAGAUGAAAGCUCGUCUUCAGAAGAAGAGGAAGCCAAUGCUCGUAAGCGUCGUGAUCACGAAGAAGACAAGGAUCGUCGAGCCUCCAAGAGGCGGAAGGACCAAAGUGUUCCCCCCUUUGAAGCCGACGACUCCACCCCAUCAUCGGCAGGCCCGAUUUUAUCUGAUAGCCUCUCUGUAGCUACCUCGCCAGUGAUUGCCCCCGCUUGAGGUAGUGCCUUAUACACAUCACUGGCUGCGCUGUAUUUGUAUACGAAGACGAUAUACCGCUAUUUCUUUUUAAAACCCAUCUCAAACUUAUACCUCUUCUAAGAGGAAACCGUCAGAAAAAAAAAACCACAUAUCGUAUCAGAACGACCGGCUUAUCCCG